AUGGGGACGGCAGAAGAAAGGGCAAAGUCUUUCGUGGGUGUCGACGUGGUAAAGUGGAACAUUCGAAAAUUGAAGAUGGAAUUCUGCUUUAGGCCUCCCUCGUCCGACAAAAGACUGCUUUUGCUCUUGCGAAAAUCGAGCAAGAUCCAGCUCUUUCUCGACGGGCCACGUGUGUCCAUGCUGCGACUUUUUAGGGAUGAAAAAAGACAAGGUUUGACCGAGCACGUUUCCUACUGGGGGAAAUGUACAGUACAGGGUAAUCAAGCGAACGCUGAAGUGCAAUCAGGAGCUACCUUGCUGGUCCAUCAUUGCCUGCGGCCGAGCAGAUCAGAGAGAGAGAGAGAGAGAACGACACCGAGCAGGCAGGCAGACACUGCCAGGCCAGAGUGGAGACGAAGAGAGGAAAAGAGGGAGAAGACGAGAGGAAGGGAGAGGAGUGAGCGAACGAAAGUCCCCAGCGAACCGAAAGUCGGCUGGAGUGCUGUUGCAGCUGCUGUACUUGAGCCGGAUGAUGAGUCCAGUGGUCUGUCGUUGAAGUUUUCAGGGAAGCGGAAGAGCUUUCUCUCGAGGAGGAAAAGCGGAACUGGUUGGAUUGCAGUGGAGGAGAGCGAAGGCUAG